CCACCCAGGCAUCCUUAUACUCAAGAGCCACUCCAUUCACACAAUCACAUCCGUCUCCGUAGUUCGUCUCUCCCCACUGUCAUGGACGCCUCCAACGGUUUCUACGCCCCCGGGCCGCCGUUAAUGAACCAACCGCCGCGUAUUUUCGGGAACCUCAACCCCAACGGCUCGCCAAUCCCGCCCUCUCUCAACGGCCCUAUAUUCUCACAAGACGAUCUCGACGAUGGCCAUGAUCAGGGCGAUCCCAAGAGGAGGCGCAUUGCGAGGGCAUGCGACAUGUGUCGCAAGAAGAAGAUCAAGUGCGAUGGCAAGAUGCCCGCCUGCACCCACUGUAUAAAUUACAAGACCGAGUGCAUCUUCACACAGGUCGAGAAGAAACGCCAACCGCCCAAAGGGGCCAAAUACAUCGAGGGCCUCGAGAACCGCCUCGCUCGAAUGGAAUCGCUAAUGCGCCUCUCCGGCGUCCUCCCCGAAGACGACGACGGCAGCACCGACCUUGCUACUAUUGAAAGACGAUUGGCCGACCGAGCAUCCCGAAACGGUACGCCCGCUGCCACCCACCCUACACCCGACGAGAGACGCCAAUCGACGGUGCAAUCUACAGAGAGGGCAGACGCUGCACCUGCACUUCAGGGUCUUCCUAGUCCGACCAGCGGGACUACAUCCCCAGAACCAGCUCAGGAAACCACAACUGCACCCGCUAAAGAUGAGGAUGCGCUGGCCGAGAUGAUGUGCUCCCUGGUCACGAACAAUUGUGGUGAAACGAGAUACAUUGGAUCGUCUUCUGGCUUUUCCAUUUUCUCUCCCAAGGGCAUACAAUGGGUCAACGACAAGACUGGUGAUAAGUCCUUCCAAGAGAUGAUCUCUACCGAUGCCAUGGAAGACAAUAAGUGGAUACAAUGGCGACCAGACGUAUUCCAGGAUGUCUUCAAGCGUCGUGUGUACCGCCAGCUCCCGCCCAAAACUGAGGCGCUAUCGCUGCUGAAGGAUUAUUUCGAAAACUUCAACUGCAUGUUUCCGCUUUUCCACGAACCGACCUUCAUGCACCUUGUUGACAAGCACUACUCGAAAGACCCCUACGAAGGCUCCGGAUGGUGGGCUAGUCUGAACGUGGCCUUGGCUUUCGCGCACCGUUUGCGCGUCAUGAGCAAUCUUGUCCCUCAAGAAGAAGAUGAAAAGGCGUGGCAAUAUCUCAAGAAUGCUAUGAGCGUCCAAGUUGAGCUGACGAUGCGCAACACGGAUCUUCUCAGCGUGCAAGCCUUGCUCGGAAUUGGAUUGUUCUUACUGGGUACACCUAACCCACAGCCAACGUACUUCUUCGUAGCAGCGGCCAUCCGUCUAUCCCAUAGCAUCGGGCUGCAUAAGAAGGGCUCCGGUUUUAGUCUAAACGCUUCCGAAGUCGAACAACGGAAACGAGUCUUCUGGAUUGCUUAUAUGCUCGAUAGAGAUAUCUGUUUACGUUCUGGCCGUCCCCCCAUACAAGAUGACGACGACAUGAAUGUGGAGCUGCCCAGCGAAGAUCCACCAGAUAACAUUGGCAACAUUCCACUCGCAGACGGAAAGGGCAAGAUGAAUCUGUUCCGCGCCAUGUGCACCUUCUCGAUAAUACAGAGCCACGUCUACAAGCGAUUAUACUCGGUGAAAGCCACUAAACAAACCGAUGGCGAGCUGCUGAACACCAUUGGUGAACUGGAUAGAGAGCUCGAAAACUGGAAAGACGAAAUCCCGCUCGAGUUCAGACCGGAACAUGAUAUCAAAGCUUCGCACACGCCACUCAUCCUUCAGGUUGCUGUACUGCAUCUGGGAUAUUACAACUGCUUGACUACCAUUCAUCGUAUGAGCGUCCAUCACGGAUACUGGACGAGUCGUUUGUCGAACUUUGCUAUUCAGGGUUUAAAUGCGCGACCCCUGAACCCGCGUGUUUUCAUGUCGGCUCAACUCUGCGUCCAAGCUGCUCGAGCAUCCAUACACUUGUUGAAGUACAUACCGAAAGGCGAUCCAUCUUGCGUAUGGCUCAUCAUAUACUUUCCCGUCACCGCACUGGUCACUCUCUUUGCCAAUGUGUUGCAGAACCCGCAAGACACACGUUCACGGUCCGAUUUGAAGCUUAUGAAAUUAGUCGUCAAUUUCCUCAGCAUGCUCAAGAAUGAACAAGGCAACGGUAGCGUGAAACGCAUGUUGAACAUAUGCGCCGAGUUCGAGCGGAUAGCUACCAUCGUUCUGGACAAGACAGAUCGCGAACACGCUUCUAGGCGCAAACGAAAGCAAGGCGACAGCGAACAAGACGCCGAAAUCGAAGCCACCGCCAACGAAAUCCUGAAUCCGAAACGUAGUGGUCCAGCAUCACCGGCAAACACAAACAACGCCAGUACCCCACAAAAUCAACCCCAGGAAAUGAUCUUCAACCCUGACUUCCAUGGUUUCAACGAACCCUUCCCCUUCUCACCCAAUUUUACCCACGCGUCGCUCCAACCCAAUUCCAAUGUUCCACAAUACGGCUCUCCCUCAAUGGCUUCUGGCAUGAUCCACAAUAACCUUCCCAUGUCAACCGCUGGUGGUGGCGGAGGUGGGAACACCGAAAUGGGUGGCGACGGCAUGCAGUCCAUGAACGCCCUGGCCAUGGGUACCUUCGAUCAGACUUUCAACAACGUCCCUCAGGAUCUGUGGAAGAUGCCCAUGACGCUCGAGUGGGAUUGGGCGGAUAUGACGGGUUACUCGGGCUUCGAGGAUGGCAUUUCGAUGAACGGUGUGCUUCCUGACUUCUCACAGCAAACGGGCCACGGCACGAGUAAUUUUAACGACGCCGGCAACAUGAACGGAGGGAGGUGAUGUUGACGUUUAUGUGAUGACGAUAUCUUUUGUUUUGAUGCGUUCAUGUUGGAGCAUUUUCAUACCGGAAUUUCCUUUUAAUCUUAUUGCUUAUCUCUUUCUCCUCCUUCAAAAUGGGACUUCGGCUUGUCUCUUCUCUCUUCAACAUAUUUGU